AUGUUUCAUCAUUCCUUCCCCCUCUCCCUCUUUGUCACUCGCUUGUGUGUCAUCCGCGCCACUCGGUUCGCCACUGACGUGUCCUUCCCCUCCCUGUAUUCCCUCCCCUCCCCUCACCCCCCAUGCUUCCCCAUUCCCCCUCCCCCGCUUCCCCAAACCCUUCCCCUUCCCCCCAUCGCCUUCCCCAUGAUUCCGCCCCAGCCGAUCAACCGCGGUUGUGCCGUUUCCCUUCUGCCCCUACCCUGCCUCGCUCCCCCUCCUCCCCCCCACCUCCUCUCACCCAUUCUCCCCCAGAUUCCCCUCACUUGUCUUUCAGCCACGCCAGUCACCAGUCCGGACCCUUCUUCCCCCCUCCCCCCACCUUUCCGCUUGUCUCCGGCCCCCCAGUUCCCCGGCAUUUCCCCCUUCCUCCCACCUCCUCACUUCCCCCUUCCCACCCCCCCCCUUCUCUCUCACUUGCAAUUCAUCCGCGCCAGUCGGCCCGCCAUUGACUCUCCUUCCCUCAGCCCUUCUUUCCUACUCUCUCGUUCCCUCCAACUCCCCUCAUCCCACCUCCUCCCCCAUCGCCCUCCAUUCCCCGCCCCCUCCCCCACACCCACCCCCCCAUCUCCCCCCACAUUCUUCACCAUUUCCCCACCCCCCAUCCCCGCCCUCCUUUCCCCCAUUCCUCCUUUCCCCCUUCCCCAUACCCCCUUCCCCCUCCCCCCUCACUUGUGUUUCAUCCGCGCCAGACGACCCGCCACGGACGUGUCCGUGAACUCCCCUUAG